AGUAAUCAAACGGUAACUUACCUACAGGUACGACUAAUUACACAGGUGAAAAAUUCGAAUGAAAAGUUAAUGAAAAAAAUUCUUUGCAAGAAUAAAUGAAUUACUACUAUACGCCAUCUUCAGUAAUGAAGUUUGCUGUGUAUAAAAAAAAAUCAUAACAAACCGAAAUGUCAGUGUCAUUUGUUGUGUACUAGCAGAUGGAUGCCCAAAAUCAAAACAAACCUGAAAAUCAAUGUCAUUGACAUCAUUGACUUAGUAAAUGAAUAUUUCAACUUCUAAACAGUAUUCCGCAAUAGUUAUCAUUCAAAAUUUAUUGUUGCUAUUCGAUGUUUGUGUUAAUUCAUUUUCUAGUUUUACUCGAUCUUAUCCUGUAGAACUUUUAUCUCUUUACAUAAUUCAGGAUUUUUGUUUGAUUGUUGCUUUAACAUUGUUGUUGGUUAAUUUUUUCGCUACGUAUAUUUUCCAGACAGGACUUAUUCAACUGCUGUACGUCAGAUUUCGCACAACUUUAGUACUAUGUGUUCUUUACAUAAUAUUGAGUAUUAUUCUCCAUAUAUGGCAUAUGACCAUUCAUUGGAACUACCCUCUAACUCAUUAUUGGACCAGAGGUUUUCAUUGCCUUUAUUCAAUACACAGAACAGUUGCAGUAAUAUACUAUUACUUUUACAAAAGAGCGUCUCUUAGAAUUGGUGAUCCAAGAUUUUAUGAAGGCUCAUCUUGGAUGGAAAAACAACUCAAUCUCACUUGAAAAAUUACGUACAAAAAAAACCAAAGAUUAAAUACUAGAUUAAAUUUUUUAUAAAUUAAAGUAUGUCAUAAUUAAAGUACUUUAUACUUUUGA